GUUGAUCUCUUGGCAGACACACGAGGAUACAGCGGUAGCGAUAAUGAAUUAACUAUCUGUAUCUUCUGCGUUGACAAGGAAAUGGAUGGAGCGGAGCGGUCGAAAUACACAGUGAAGAUAGCCGAUGACUCGGAAGCUGAGCGGCAGAAUGGGGGGUUUUGUGGCUGCGGCAGCGUCGACCCUAACCUACAAACGAGGCUGCUGCAGAAGAGGAUGGGCCCAGAGGAGCGGGCGGCAGGUUCCAUGAGCCCAGGACGCCUGAACAGGAAAUCUUUGCUCAGCAGGCUGACUGCAUACAGACUGAAGGAGAUCUUUACAUGGCACCUCCUAAAGACACUGGCCAUGGGUCAGGGCCUGUCGCUGCUGAUCUGUGGGACAGCGGUCACUUGCCAGUACCUCGCAGAGACAAAGGUGGAGACGCCCAUGCUACAGAGCUUCCUGAACUAUGCCCUGCUGUUCCUCACCUACACGGUCGCUCUGGUCUUCAGAAGGGGUGAUGGAAAUAUUUUGCAGAUUUUGCGGACAAAGUGGUGGAAGUACCUCCUAGUGGGCUUGUCUGAUGUGGAGGCCAACUACGCAGUGGUGAAGGCAUACCAGCUAACCACUCUGACCAGUAUACAGCUGCUGGACUGUUUUGUGAUCCCCGUAUUGAUGGUGCUUUCCUGGAUAUUCCUUCGGACUCGCUAUCGGGCGAUCCACUAUGUGAGCGUCGUCGUUUGCCUCCUCGGGGUGGGGGCCAUGGUGGGGGCCGACCUGCUGGCCGGGCGGGACCAGGGAUCCACCAGUGACAUCCUGCUGGGAGAUGGGCUGGUGCUCAUUAGCGCCGCCCUGUAUGCAGUCUCCAAUGUGUGCCAAGAGCACGUGGUGAAGAACCAGGGUCGAGUGGAGUUCCUAGGCAUGAUGGGACUCUUUGGAACCCUGAUCAGCGGCAUCCAGAUGGCUAUUUUGGAGCACAAGUCUGUAGUGAUGAUCCCAUGGACCUGGUGGAUAGUCGUCCUAUUCACCAUCUACGUCUCCUGUAUGUUCCUGCUGUACAGCUGCAUGCCCGUGGCAUUGAGGUUGACCAGUGCCACAGCGGUCAACCUCUCCCUGCUCACUGCUGACCUGUUCAGCCUCUUCUGUGGCCUUUUCCUCUUUGGCUACACGUUUUCGGGCCUGUACAUCGUCUCCUUUGUGGUGAUCACCGUGGGAUUUGUCAUGUUCAAUGUCGUGCCCACGUUCGCUCCAGAAGGGCCGGCCAGACUUGACAGGACCCCGGCACCUUCCCUCAGCGCUUCCCUGGACAACUACUUCAGACAGGAAGUGGAUGUGGACAAAGAGGGAGAUGGGGGAGGGGCUACGAAUCGGCUUCAGUGGCAAUCACGAGACCAUGCUGGUGAAACUAGCACUAAGUUUUAGCUUUGCACUUUGCACUUUAAAAAAAAAAAAAAGGAGGGGCGAGGGGGGUUCCCCUACACCAGGAGUGGUGUACCUGAUCCAUGGAGAGCUGCUGUGUGUGUGGAUUUUUGGGAUGACCUCUCAAUCAGCCAAUAAUUAAGCAGUGGUUUUCAACUCCAGUCAUGCCACUGUUAUAGGCUGAUUGAGAGGCCAUCCUAAAAACCCGCACUGGCUCUCCAUGGAUCAGGUACGCCACCCCUGUCCUACACUAGCAUUAUAGUGAUUCAUGGGCAUCUUUCAUGUGCUGGAACAUGUAAUAUUCAUACAUCCCUCUCGCUGUAGAGGACACGUCGGGUGAAGGAGAAGUUAAUUAAACUCUUUACUAUCUCAGUGUCAGACAUUCACAUUUUCCAUUACAAUGUGGGUGGGUAGAUUGCUUUGAGAAUCUAAAGCACUUAGAAUUAAAUUAGUAUUAUAGUAAUCCUUACAAAGGGAUGUAUUACUACAUGGAUUUUCUAAAUGUUUUUGUUUAGUUUCAAAUGAGGUGCUAUAUGCAAUAUGGCCAACAAGCGGAAGGAUUAAAAAUGGGAAACAUUUGUUUUUUAUGGGUUUGGCUAUCAGGUCACUCACCAUAUUAUUGUUUUGUUUGUUUUUCCAAUUUGUACAAAAUCAUGUGAAUGGUGUCUUGUUAUCUCCAAUUCAAAUUUUAUAUCCAUUUUCGGACAUAUUUUGUGUGACGUCCAAACUUUUUUUGUUAAAUGGGUCAAAAGUGUCUGAGGCUGGCCUUGUGUCAUUUUCGGCUAACAAUCCUGGAAAUGUGCAUUAACUUCCACGGUGGAGACUUCGGGUGCUGUCACCACCAAAUAUGGUCAGAUCUGUAAGUCAGGUCAUGAUAUACCGGCGAUACCAAGGCAAUCUGAUGGCGUGAGCAAGGCAAGGUCAUGACCUCUGUUUGAUCAGUUCACAAUCAGGUUUGUACAAAUAAAAGAUUUUAUACUGACAAA